CGAGUGAAUCUGCUCCAACUGACAAGCUCACCAAACUCAACUCCCACCUCCCAAAACUAAUCUACAGAACCAGCCGCCCACCAUGGUAUCCAUCAAGCAAAUCACCCUCCUAGCCCUCACAACCGGCCUCGCCACCGUCACCGCCCAAUCCACAGGCAAAACAACACGCUACUGGGACUGCUGCAAAGGCUCCUGUGCCUGGUCUGGAAAAGCGCCCGUCAACAAACCCAUCGCCACCUGCGACAAGAACGAUAACCCCCUCACGAACCUAAACGCAAAGAGCGGAUGCGAGAGCGGAGGAGGCGAGGCAUACAUGUGCACUAACCAGUCGCCAUGGGCCGUCAACGACGACCUCGCGUAUGGAUUCGCAGCUGUGAAGCUCGCGGGGAAGACGGAGAGGGACUGGUGCUGUGCUUGCUAUGAAAUGACAUUCACAUCCGGCCCCGUUUCCGGCAAGAAAAUGAUCGUGCAAACCACAAACACCGGCGGCGACCUCGGCGACAACCACUUCGACAUCGCCAUGCCGGGCGGUGGCGUCGGAAUCUUCAACGCGUGUACCGCGCAGUUCGGUGCUCCGCCGAAUGGCUGGGGCCAGCAGUAUGGCGGUAUCUCGUCGAGGUCGGAGUGUGAUGGUUUCCCUGAGAAGCUUAAGCCGGGCUGCCAGUGGCGGUUCGAUUGGUUUAAGAAUGCGGAUAAUCCCAGUGUGAGCUUCAAGGAGGUUACGUGCCCGAAGGAGUUGACGGAUAAGACGGGGUGUGUUAGGCAGUAGGUGGUAUGGGUGAGGGGAUUCGCUGUAUAUGAUUAUGAUGAGGGUGACCUCUUGUAUAUAUGAACUUAUGAAACAAAGAAUGAUAUGAAU